GAGACUGAAGAAUAAAGAACAACAACAAGAGUGAGAAGAAGAAGUAGUAGAAGAAAGUUGUUGAUGAUGAGUUCCAUUAAAGGAGAACAUAAAGGUCAUGCAGUGCUAAUCCCUUACCCAGCACAAGGACACAUAACACCUAUGUUGAAGUUUGCCAAGCUGCUACACUCCAGUGGCUUCCAGAUAACAUUUGUGAACACUGAGUACAAUCACAGGCGUCUCCUUAAGUCAAGAGGUUAUUCUUCUCUACACCUCUUGGAGGACUUCAUCUUUGAAAAAUUCCCUGAUGGUCUUCCACCCUCUGAUGAGGACACAACACAAGAUAUACCAUCUCUCUGUGCGUCACUAGCAGUCAACUGUUCUUCUCCUUUCAAGGAUCUCAUCAGAAGACUCUCUUCUCCGGUGACCGUGAUUGUCUCUGAUGUAUACAUGGGGUUCACUUCUGAAGCUGCGGAGCAGUUCAAGAUCCCUCUUGUCUUGUUUUGGACUGCCAGUUCAUGCGGUUUCAUGGGUUACUGGCAUUAUAGGGAUCUUAUUGAAAGAGGACUCAUACCACUCAAAGUUGAGAGUGAUCUCACAAAUGGAUAUCUUGAGACAAAGUUGGAUUGGAUGGUAGGGGUGAAGAACAUGAGGCUGAAAGACUUGCCGACGUUCAUGAGGACAACAGACAUCAAUGAUAUAGUUUUAAACUAUGUUCUCAGAGACUUUGAAAGAAUCCCUAAAGCUUCUGCUUUUAUUAUAAACACUGUGAAAGAUAUAGACCUACAAAUUCUCCAAACCAUGUCUUCAAUACUAACCAUGCCUGUUUACCCCAUCGGUCCUCUAUCCUUGCUUACAAGAAAGCUCCCAAAGAGUCCCUUAAGCUCCAUAGGAUCGAAUCUAUGGAAAGAGGACAUGAGUUGCUUGGAAUGGUUGGAAGGGAAGGACACCUCAUCAGUAGUUUAUGUGAACUUUGGGAGUGUUACUGUGAUGACUAGCAGGCAAAUGGUUGAAUUUGCAUGGGGACUUGCAAAGAGUGGGCGUGAUUUCCUGUGGGUCAUAAGACCAGACUUAGUGAGAGGAGACAAUGCAGUGUUACCACAAGAGUUCUUAACUAUGACUCAAGGAAGGAGAAUGCUAACAAGUUGGUGCCCACAAGAGGAGGUGCUCAUGCAUGAAGCCAUUGGAGGGUUCUUGACUCAUGGUGGAUGGAACUCUAUUUUGGAAAGUAUAUGUGGUGGGGUACCUAUGUUGUGUUGGCCCUUCUUUGCAGAACAACAAACAAACUGUAGGCAUGUGAGUUGUGAAUGGGGGAUUGGAAUGGAGAUUGAUGAGCAUGUGAAGAGAGAUGAUGUGGAGAGGUUGAUAAGAGAGUUAAUGAGUGGAGAGAAAGGGAAGGAGAUGAAGUAUAAGGUGGUGAGGUUGAAAGAGUUUGCUUGGAGGGCUUGUGAAGAUGGCGGCUCUUCUUUACUUGAAAUGGAGAGCUUAGUGAAUGAUUUGAUUCAGUUGAAUAAUUAAGCUUGUUUAAGUGGGUGGAUAUUGUCUUUUGCGUCAGCUGUGCUUGUUAUCGUUGUCUGUGGAAUCUGUGUUUUAAUUUUAUUCUGUUUGGUGCAACCUGAAGUUUGUUUUCGUUGGCAUGAGCUCUUUCAUCGAAGGUUUUAGAAUAAUUAGUUUAUACA